GACACAGUUUCUCUCCAAUAAUGGAGAGCUGAGAAGUUUCUCUCCAUUAUUGUUCACUUGUUCUUUUAUCCACCACGUGAGCCAAUUGCAAACAUGAAGUUCUUGUUGGAGCUACUGGCUUGUUGUGGAUCGCCCCAGACUGUUGGAGAGGGUCCCGUGGCGGAGCGGCUGGAGCCGAACAGAAUGGAGGAAACCAGGUCUUUGAUGCGCCGGAGUUACCGCCGUUCGAGACGGAGGCGGUAUGGCGGUAGCGGUGGUGUUAGCCGGGGGGAAUGGAGGCCGUCGUUGUGUUCGAUUUCUGAAGAUAUGGUGAUGGACAUGACGAAAAGUGAAAGAGAGAGAACCUUUAAAAGAAAAAACAGUGGAUCGCAGCGAGAUAAAGCUCGCGUUCGUAGCCGUAGCCGGGAUACCAGGAUUUGAGCGGAAGAUUUUGGUAGAUUUUGUCUUUUCCAAUUGCAGGAGAUAACAAAAUUAUUAUAGAAAAUAUAAGAGUUUCAUGCUCGGAUCUAGGGAUGGGGAAGGGAUAUAUCAAUCCCCGUCCCCAUCCCUGUUACGGGGAUAACAAAGAAUUUUCAUCCUCUUCUCGUGAAGAAAAAUUUUCUCUCCAUCCCCUCCCCGUCCUCGCGGAAAAAAAUCUUCUCUC